CCAGUUCUGCCAGAAAUGGAUGGGGUGUCUGAGUUUGCAGAAUAUGUCUCUGAGACAGUUGAUGUGCCGUCUCCAUUUGAUCUCCUGGAGCCACCCACCUCAGGGGGCUUUCUGAAGCUUUCUAAGCCCUGCUGCUACAUCUUCCCUGGGGGAAGAGGUGACUCUGCUCUCUUUGCUGUCAACGGGUUUAACAUCCUUGUGGAUGGUGGUUCUGACAGAAAAUCCUGCUUCUGGAAGCUGGUAAGGCACCUGGAUAGGAUCGACUCGAUCCUGCUCACCCACAUCGGUGCAGACAACCUACCUGGCAUCAAUGGGCUGCUGCAGAGGAAAGUUGCUGAGCAAGAGGAGGAACAAUCCCAGGGCUCUACCAACUACAGUGACUGGAUGAAGAACCUAAUUUCUCCUGAGCUAGGGGUGGUUUUUUUUAAUGUUCCUGAAAAACUGAAGAUGCCUGAAUCCUCCAUGAAGGUAAAGAGGAGCAUCGAAGAAGCUUGUCUGACACUGCAGUAUCUCAGCAGACUAGGCAUUAAAGCAGAGCCUCUGUACAGGGUGGUGAGCAGUACCAUUGAACCUAUCACACUUUUCCAUAAAAUGGGAGUGGGUAAGCUGGACAUGUAUAUACUGAAUCCUGUCAAGGACAGUAAAGAAAUGCAGUUUCUAAUGCAGAAAUGGGCUGGUAAUAGUAAAGCAAAGACUGGCGUAAUUCUUGCAAGUGGGAAAGAAGGUGAAAUUUCUGUUCCCUAUCUCACAUCCAUCACAGCCCUGGUCGUGUGGCUUCCAGCCAGCCCAACAGAGAAAAUUGUAAGGGUUUUGUUUCCUGGAAAUGCUCCUCAAAAUAAGAUACUGGAAGGUCUUGAGAAACUCAAGCACCUGGAUUUUCUGAGGUAUCCAGUGGCUACUCAGAAGGAUAUCACUUCUGGAAUACCUCCAGCUGUGCUGAAGCAGACCAAAAUUAAACAAAGAACUGACAGUAAAGAGAGUCUUAAGUCUUCCCCCAAGCCAUCUGUGACAAAGCAAGCUAAGAAAGAAGAGGCAGUGGAGGAGGGGAUUAAGGAGGUAAAACCGGAAGUCAUAAAGGAUGCUAAAAUUGAGAAAAAGGUUAAAGAACACUCAGAGAAAGUUCUGGAGAAACCUGUUAAACAUGAAAAGAUAAAGACAGAGACAAGUGAUGCUCUGAAGGCUGAGAAAAGAAAACUGGCAAAAGACAAGGUUGGAAAAAAGCAUCUCAAAGAGAAAGUAUCUAAACUGGAGGAGAAGAAAGACAAAGAAAAGAAAGAGAUCAAGAAGGAGAAAAAGGACUUAAAAAAAGAUGAUGGAAAGAAAGAGGAAAAAAAAGAUUCCAAGAAAGAGGAUAAAAAGAAAGAAACAAAACCAGAGUCCAAAAAAAAUUCUAAACCAGACUUAAAACCAUUUACCCCAGAAGUAAGAAAAACAUUAUACAAGGCAAAGGUUCCAGGCAGACUCAAAACUGAGAAGAUCAAGAUCAAAUCUGAAAAGGAAAUACCUGCUGACCUGAAGAUGUCACCAGUGGAGAAGGCACCUGUACAGGUGGAGCCAGAAGAGGCUUCCAUAGCUGAACAGAGGUUAGUCCUAUCUUCACCAGAAGAUCUUACAAAGGACUUUGAGGAAAUGAAGCAUGAGGAGAAAGAGGCUUUGCAGGUGAUGCAGGAAGUGUCUGAUAUUGAGGUUAGUGAUCAGAUUAUGAGAAUACCUGAAACUGAGAUGAAAGACUCUGCUGACAUGAUUGCUCAGAGCUGCCGUGAAGUGGAUCAGCUUCUGAAAACAAACACUUCUGAUCAGGUAAUGACUACUGCUGAUAUGGAAGAAGCAUCACCAGCAGAGGAAAAGAGAGUCCCUCAGCUAGAACCGAGAGCAGGACUUGCUGACAAAAUAGAGGAUGAAAGAAGAACAAUAGAUGAAAAUCGUGAUGUGAAACACCAUGAGACAAAGGCUGAGCAGGACAAGGAUGUUCAGCUGUUGGCAGACAAAGAACAGGUACCAUCACACAUUGACCUCUUAGCAAAGGGUGUUCGAUCAUCAGUGCUCAGAGGGGAUGAAAAGGAGGAAGAGGAGAAAAUCCCUUUGGACAGAAAACAAAGGGAAACAGAAACAAAGACUUGUGAGGGGACAGAGGCACGGGAAGAGGGUGAGAAGGAAAAGAGAGAAGAUGUGAUAGAAAAGGCAGAACUGGAAGAAAAGGAAGAACACCCUGUGAAGGCAGAGGAGAAGGAAAAGAACAGAAACUUCUAUGAGCUGAAUCAGGAUGAGAGGGAGGAUAAAAUAUUUACCACUACAGAAAAGGAAAAAGAAUUUAGUGACAUGGGUGAGAAAAACAAGUUACUUGGAAAGGACAUGAGAAAGGAAGAGUCAUAUCUGAGCAGUCUGCCAGUCACACCAGGGGCAACAGCAGAACAUGUGUCAUAUAUCCAAGAUGAAACAAUCCCAGGAUACUCAGAAACAGAGCAGACCAUUUCUGAUGAAGAAAUACACGAUGAACAGGAAGAGAGGAUCCCACACUUGAAGUAUGAUGUCAAUGCCUAUGACAUUUCUGUUCCUGAUCACCCAGGCUCUUUUGAAGUAAUACAUGGAAUACAGGCCGUGCCUGCUGCUGACCUUUCAGCCAAGGGCUAUGUUGGCCAGGAGUCUGAAAUCCUGGCGUAUCCUACAAACAUUGUGGCAGCACCUCUGGCUGAGGAGGAACAUAUAUCCUCUGCUACCUCCAUUACAGAAUGUGAUAAGCUUUCAUCUUUUGCAACUUCAGUAGCAGAAGAUCAAUCUGUUGCAUCUAUAACGGCACCACAGACAGAAGAGACUGGGAAAAGCUCUUUACUGUUAGACACAGGAAACAGCAUGCCCUCCUCUCGGACUGAAGCAACCCAAGGUCUCGACUAUGUUCCCUCUGCUGGCACAAUUUCUCCUACAUCAUCCUUGGAGGAAGACAAGUAUUUUAAAUCUCCACCCCCUGAAGAUUUCCAAGCGUUAGCAGAAGGAGAGAGAAAACUGGAAGCUCAAAAAAAGGAUCUUCAUGAAGAGGCAGAAGAUGAAGAGGAAGAAGACGGGACUCCAAAUAUUGAAAUGCCUGAGAAACUCAGGGGGCAUUACAGUGCCCCCAUGUUUGCUCACCAAGGAUGUCCUGAUCACGUGUUAAUUGAUGCUCCCAUGCAGGUGAUGCAAACCUCUGGUCUGCCACUGUCCUCUGAAGAAACACCAUUUUCCCAGGUUGAUGCUGCAGAGGCUGAAGAACGAUGCAUGAGUCCUGAUGACAGUACGGUCAAAAUGGCCUCUCCUACCACUUCUGGCCCCACUAGUGCAGGACACACACCUUUCUACCAGUCGCCAGUGGAGGAAAAACUAGAAACAGUAGAAUCAGAUCUAUUUGAAAAACAAAGAGAUGAUGCUGCCAAGAAAUUGGAAGGACAAACUUCUGUUGUGGUGAAGGGAACCAAGGGUGAAACUCUCGGAGAAGAUGAGGUAUCUGCAGCAAAAUAUAGACAUGAGAAAGAAGUGCCUGGACCUGUGCAGCACAAGCUGGACCAGGGCAGUGACGUUCCAGUGUCUCCUGGAGAGGAGGUGCAGGAAGAACCCCUGGGGAAGGAGGAACUGCCCUGGCUCUCCUACCAUAAGCAGGACACAGUGGUGACAGGGGAGAAGCAGGAGCAUCCUGUGUGGCUCCACCCCAGCACAGGUACAUUUCUGGAGCCAGAAAAAGAGCAGGGAACCAAGUCCAUGACAGAAAGUUUAAUGGGAUUUUCAAAGCACUUGUCCUUUGAGCCAUUCUCUGCCACAGAAACAUCUCCAGGGAGUGUGGAUCCUCCACAGUUCACAAGCCAAAGCAAAUCUGAAAGUGACAAAUCUUCACAGUUUUCACCAGAUGACACCAAAUCACUUUCUUUUACAGAAGAAAGUAUUGGUAAAGAAAAGUCCUCAGAUAUUUCUGUUAGGGGAGUGACUGCAGAAGAAGGAAAACUGUAUUUCACAGGAGACACCUCAGAAGAAGACAAAUCUUCUCAUGUUUCCAUUAAAGACAUUUCUCCAGAAGAGACUAAAUCUAUUUCUCUCACUGAGAGCCCCAGCAAGGAAAUCUCCUCAGACACUUUUGUUAAAGGAAUGUCUUCAGAAGACAUCAAAUCUCUCAGUUUCACAGAAGAGAAAGCUGUGUCUGGCUUCACUGCUAAAUCCCAUUCAGAAGCUACGAAAUCCCCAGAUUUCACAGAGCAGAGCCCAGCUGCAUAUGAAAAACCAUUGAAAAUUGGUGCCAAAGAACUCACAGAAGAAGUGUCCAAAUCUUUUCCUUGUCCAGAAAGUAGCUCAGUUAAAGACACAUCACUCAGAGAUAGUUCAACUGAAGAUAUGUCUCCAGAUGACAGCAGUUUAUUUUCUGCAUCAGAAAAGGGUCCAGUCAGGGGAAGAAAUGAGGGCUUGGACUCUCAGGAAGUGUCUCCAGAUGCAAAGGGCUUACACUUCACAGAAUGUAGCCCAGCUGAGGAUAAAACAUCUUCACACAUUUCUGCUGAAGGUGUAAAACCUUUCAGGUUCAGCGAAGCUCAAGAAGAAAAAUCUCCCGAAAUGGAAGAAUUUUACAUGAAGGAUUUAAGUUGUGAGAAGAAAGUGUGGUUCCCAGAAGAGGUGGAGGAGAAACCUGUUCAGGGAAGGAGGCAGAGAUACGAUAAAGAGAGAGAGAGCACAUUCCUGGAUGAGGUACCAGCAUAUGAAACAAAACCCUCUCCUAAAAUGCAAGAGGAGGAGAUCCUGUCUCCUAAAGUGCCUGCCAGUCACACCUGGAGGGGAGCAGAAAGGGAAAUAUGGGGCUCUGCAUAUGGGUAUCUUCAGGAAGGAAGAGAUGCUGGAAGAGGAGGGCAGUUACCCAAGGAAGAGGAUGAGAAUCUCUGCUAUGCUGAAGACAAACUUGUGCUACAGCAAGCAGAAACAGCAAGUUUAAAGACAGAAUCAUGUGAUUACAAAGAAGGCACACAGAAGAGUGCCAAACCUUCAUCAGAAACGAAGAAAGAGGAAACAGUUCCUACUGACAUCACGUUCCCAGAAAGAACACAGAUGGAAAGUUCUCUUCUGUCUUCUCGAUAUGUCUUUGGUGAGGAAAAUCAGGCCAAAGCAUUAGCUGGAAACAAACAAAGGCAAGAAUUGUUCUUGACGUCUAAACAAGAUUACUCCUACUUAGAUGAUGAUGAGAAAGCUGCUCUAGAUAUCUAUGCAAAGUCACUAGACCAAGCACUGACAGCAUCUCCCCUGUCUGUAAUAGCUACUGCUCAGGAAAAGGAGAUAGACACACCACCAGAAACAGAGAGGCCUUACCAGUUAGAUCAGUGCAAGCCACUGUUACAGGAGGAAGUCCCACUGAAGAAGACAUCAGUGAAAUCAGACAUCCGUGGUUUGUAUCAGGAAAUAGACUGUCAAUACAAGUCAGAUAGAAAGCAAGAGGAUGACUGUAAAUCCACUAAAGGUCUCUAUGACUCUACAGGAAUAAAAGAGCAGAUGGCAGCAGCAUCUACUCUGUUGCAAUCCACAAGACCAGCAGAAUAUGAAUAUAUAGCAGCAUCCCCAGAAGGAAGUGCUUCAGGCUCAGGGCAGCGUGCACACUCCCUCCUAGGACAAGGCCCUUGUCAAAAAAGCAGUGCUGCCAUGGGGGAAGCUGAGGCUGCAGGUUCUGCCAGCCGAGGGGCAUAUCCUCCAGAGACCUAUUCCAUGAGCAUCCCUGAUCCUUAUUCCUAUGAGGAAGGGGUCUGCAGACCCAGAAGUGAUGACAGUUUUACAGGACAAGAGCAAGAAGAAAGAGAACCAACUCCCUACCCUGAUGAAAGAAGUUUCAAGUAUGCUGACAUCUAUGAGAAGAUGAUUGUGUCUGGGGUUGGAUCCUCCUCCUUCAAACCCAAGGGUGCAGACAGCCCAGUUCACACUGACAAGAUGCCAGCAACAGCACUGAGUUCUCAAAAAGGUCAAAGCUUUUAUGUCUCUGCAAAGGAAGAAGAGUCUUGCCUUUAUACCUCUGCUGAGAAGGAGUUGUCAUCUCCAGCAUCCCCUAAAGAUAAAGCAGAUUCAGCCUUCGACUAUACAGACAUCCAUGAAAGAUACUUGCCCUUGUCUGAAAGAGAUAAGCCUAGGAUAUCUGCAGGACAGGAAAAUCUGAAGGCGUCUUCUGGUUUGCCAGAAGAAUUGGACUCUGAACUGCACCCACCAUCUGCAAGCACAGCAUUUGCCUCUCUCACAGACAUGACUGAUACAUUUUAUCAACAGAAAUCAGCUGCUUAUGUUGAUGCUGCUUGUCCCGAUGAGAACAUCCUUUUGUCCAGCCAGGAGCAGGUAUUCCUGAAAUCUGACAGCUCAAACACCAAAGGCACAUACUAUGAGAAAGCAGGUCGAGGGGAAGAAAGCACGAGUGACUCCGAGUUAGAAAAAGGUGCUAAGGAGAAAUCUGAGAAGGAGUCUAAACUGCACAGCCCUGCUAAAGGUACAGGCACAGCCUAUGCACACAUCUCAGCGAUGGACAAGUUUCAUGUACCAGAACCCCUUCUGCAAAGCACGUGUCAGGAGUCCAUUUCACCCGGUUCUACUGCCUCGUCACCCUCUGAUCCAGCAUGGAAAGAGGAAUAUGGAAGUAGGAAAACUGCAUCAGCCACUGUUGUGGGGACACGUGUUGCUGGUUACAGGGACCUGUCAGACAUGGGCAGGGAUCAGCAGACUUUAGGAGUGUGCCAGCUGAGACAAGACCCUUCACAAAUGCGAGAAGUUGCUGAACAUUCCACAAAAGAAUCCCAUUUCUGUGUAGCAGAUUAUCCAAGUGCUGCAGCAGCCUCAGAGAGCCAGGACCAAGCCAUAGACCUGAAAUAUGCUUCUGGAAAACAGGAAGAGGCAUUCCAAAAGAGCCCAACAGCAGAGGGCACAGUGAUGCACAGCCGGUCGGGAUUCCAGUGCUCCCUGCUAGGAAAGAGUCAAACAUCCAGUAUGCUCAGACAUGAGCAAACCUCGGCAAGCUGUUCUGGGGAUAUCUCUCUUCCUUUAAAGACUGCUUGUGCUUUACUGUCAGACCAGGAGAAGAGAGAUGAGUACUUGGAGGUUCCUGAGAAAAUCAGCAGCCUUGACUCAUCUUUUGCCAAGUUCUCACCACUGAGUCCAUAUGAAGAAGAUAAGUUGUUCUCCAAAGCUGUGGAAAGGGAGGCUGUGCCCCAGCAUCAGCUGAAAGAUGAAUCUUCCAGCCUGUCAGAGGAACCUUCAUCUGAAGCUACCACUCCUGUGAUCCCAACCAAAGCAGGAAGUUUCUACUCCCAUAUGCUUUCCACAUACACAGAUGCAGGAGAGGAACCAGGAACCAGGAGUCAUUGGGAUGUGUCUCCACAGAUUCCAGAUACUGCUGUGAAAACACAUACAGCUGAAACCAAAGACUUUGUGUUUGCUAAAGAACAUGGUUCUCCAUUCGCCAGUGGCGUGGGUGACAGCAUUUCAUCAAGCAGAAAGGAGUGGCAGAGCUCAGACCCCACACCAUUCUCUGCAGAGAAACAACGGCAACCCUGUGUAAGCAGCCCAGAGCAGAAGACACCAUUUGCAGAACACCCAAUGACAUUGACACCUCUCCCUGAUGUCCUGACAUCAUUUCCUCAUCAUCACCACAAAGCUGAAACCACAGCCAAAGAUGAAACCACAGCCAAUGGUCCAACAGAGGUGAGCACCAGUCUGCAAGCUUUCCAGAGUACAUACCAUGCAGCACAAGCAAAAGAUGAAGCGCCAUGUGCCGAUUCUGACAGCAGUUUUUCCCCAUAUGCAGGCAAAGCAGACACAGAGAGGCAGAGCCGUCCUUCCUCUCUGAUGUCCCCUGCACACAGUUUCCAGCCCUUUUUCCCAGAUGUGCAGAGGGGUGGAAAAACAGAGGACCAUGGAGAUGCUUCCCAUGAGAUGGAGCCACAUUUAAGAGGCAGUUCUGAGUGUGGACAGAAAUUCUCCUCAUGUGAAUACAAGCACAGGAAAGGAGAACUCUCUCCCUCAUUCAUCAACCCAAGUCCUCAUGAGCUCUCUGAGGACAGUGACCUCUCACAAGAGGAUGGUCACCCUUCAGUGCAAGGAAGACCACCCCACACUGGAAGUAGCCCCAUGCAAAGUGCCACAGUGGAGGAAACUCCUCCGACAUCAGUGAGUGAUUCUGGAACCUCUCAGUCAGACUCGGAUGUCCCGCCUGAGACAGAGGAAUGUCCAUCCAUCACAGCAGAUGCCAACAUGGACUCGGACGAAGAUGCUGAUUUCCUCCCAGUGGACAAAGCUGUUGGGAAUGCUCAUCACACCAGUUCUAGGUCCAGCCAUGAUCCUCAGCCUGUUCCAAUGGUAGAUCCCCAUCCUCACCCUCCUCACCCUGACGUCUGCAUGGUAGACCCUGAGAUGUUGGUAAAUGAGCAAAGCAUGAGCAGAACUGAUAAAAUCUCCAAGAAAGACAUCAAAGAGAAGAACAAAGGUGUGAGGAAGCCUUUGAGCAAGCCCAAGUCUUCCUCACCUGCCCGUAAAAUAGACGUGAAAGGGAAACGAUCCCCCACUCCUGUGAAACAGCCAUUGGACAAACCUCAAAAACCUGUCACUGCCAAGAAGGAAAGAGAUGGUGGAGAAAAGCCCAAAGCACGCAGUGGAAUAGUGCAGGCAGAGGAGGAGUUAUCCCGGAGCAGCCACAGCAACCCUGGCAAGAGCCUUGUUAAUGGCAUCAAAACAAACCCUGCUUCCAAUAGUCCUAAGAGCAGUUUGCCUGUGCCCAUGGGCCCACCUGUCUAUGUGGACUUGGCAUACAUCCCCAACCAUUGCAGUGGAAAGAACACGGAUCCAGAGUUCUUCAAGCGGGUUCGAGCAUCAUAUUAUGUUGUGAGUGGGAAUGAUGCAGCCAAUGGAGAACCAAGCCGUGCAGUGUUGGAUGCCCUCCUGGAGGGGAAGUCUCAGUGGGGGGAGAACCUGCAGGUGACAUUGAUCCCAACACAUGAUACUGAAGUCACACGAGAAUGGUACCAACAGACCCAUGAGAAGCAGCAGGAGCUAAACAUCAUGGUACUGGCAAGCAGCAGCACUGUUGUGAUGCAGGAUGAAUCUUUUCCAGCCUGUAAGAUUGAAUUCUAAAUCUUCCACACUUUGCGUUCAUCCAUUGACUCUCCAAUCACCGAUGCAACAUCAGAGACACCAUCUAAUCACAGUCCAGUUCUUCUCUGGUUUAGUCCUCUACAUGGUUCCCAUUUGUCAGGCAAUCGGGUAUCCAUCUAGCUCAGCACUGGAUGCCAUAAGAAAGAAGUGUAGGGCUCUAAUAUUCUGGACUGAGCUGAGAACUUGUGCAAGAGCAGUUGCAGGCCAGGGGCACUUUCAUUUUCCCUGCUUUAUUCGGCUGCCUGUACCGUUUCUGUAGACUAUUUUGGCUGCCUUGCUGCUGUGAGAGCUUGUUCUACUCUCUUCCUGGCUGCCUUGCCAUUUAACUUGUAGCACCACAAACCUCAUCUUUCUGGUGAGGGCUGAAGUGCUGCUGCUGCAUGUAGACAGUGCAUGGGGGGUAGGGGGACAGAGAAGAAAACUAAUCUGCAAAAAAAAAAUGCACCUAGGAAAUGAGGGAAGGCAAAACCCUCCAACUGUAACAUGACAGUGAAGGUCAUUCUUCCAUCUCCCACCCUGAACAUACAGGUGGUGUUCUGAACAAGGGUCUUGUACUCCAGCUGGGCAGGAUCCCUGCUUGCCAGCUCUCUCUGCAGGUUUCUGUCCCCAGUGUUUGGUUGUAGCAUCCUGCUUCAUCUGCUGGCUAUGAUCAAGGAACUGGGAUGAAGGACAGUUUUGGGGAUGUAGGUGGGAGGGGAGGGUUCAACCUGUUCUUUGAUACAAAGAGCACAUUCCUAACCUGCUAACUUGAGCUUUGCACUCACAGAGUGGCCGACUUACUCCUGCACAUCAGCAGUGUGACAGUGGGAGGCACAGAGGGGCUGUUGCCUGAGGAGUCACACGAGGAGAGUAUCCAAACGCACAACUACAGCCCCCUCUAAAGUAGAAGGGCUCAAACAACCCCGGCCACUGUUUGCCUAAGAUGUACGAGAAACCUCCCUGUCCUUGUAAACCAAAGGCUUUCUUAAGGACUGUGGUGAGGCACCUGAGGAACCCACCUGAUGAAGGCUCGUGUCUGGCUGGUGUAGCUGAUGUGUGACAGCUCUGCAGCAGCAGCAGGUCCCUUGCUGCCUGUUUGCCACUGGCCCGAGCUUUGUGUUGUCCCCCCACGUGUCCAGGAUGCAGGGACCAGAACCUGUGGUGUAAGGAAAGAGAACCCCUUCCAAAAACACUUGGGGACAGUAGUUUAGCAAGUGUAGCUGCUCUCAGGCCUCCCACACCAGGGGCAGGGACAGGCAGAGUCCUGUGGCCAGCGCAGUGGAGGUGCUGUCACACAGUGCUGUGAGCACUGCGCAACCGGCUGCUGGCACACCUCCUGUGCGUGGUGCUUGCUGGCCAUCCUGGCACGAGCGUAGCCCCAAGUGCAUCAUUCCUACUAACAGUCACCCAGAGCCUCCUCCGUGUCCAGACCCAUAGAGCUGUGGAGCUCCUGCAGGGGAGCAGCAGCAAUGUUAGGAUCUGAGGGUGUUGCAAGAGGGACUUACCACAAAGAUGGUGUUUAUCUUUCUGUAAGACAAAAAGUGGCAGGAGGGUGUGCUUUGGGGGAGGGAUGAGCUAGAAAAGCAAUACUGCAAGGCUUGACAUACAGCUCAAAGGUAUUUCCAUCUGCUGGGUCACCCACUGUGCUUGGCCCGGUGCCGAGGUCUGACUUCAUAAUAAGCAUCCAGGACCCUGUGUGCUGUGCUUGCCUGGGACACAUCAGUCUCAGUGCUUCUUUUCUGGCAGCUGACACAAAGAAAAUGCUGCUUAGAAAUUUGAUCCUGGGAUUAAAAUGGAGUUUCUAGGGAAAUUGUUUAUUUUGCAUUUAAUUUAUAUAUUUAUUUUUUGAUGUUAAGCUGAGUUUCGUGUGGAUUUAAUAUUUUAAUUUAUACAUGUUGACAUGACACUAUGUGCUCUUAGUUCAGAGGUUUCUCAGUGCAAAUACUGCAAUGCUGCAAUUUGAACAGCAACAUACAAAGGCCACAGAGCACCUGAGGGCAGCAGCAGCAGGGCUCUGCCCGCAGCCAGCACUGCCAUGUCUGUACCGCAGCGGCUGCAGCACAAGGCUGAGGAUGGCCACAGCAAAGCCCUUGUUAGGAGCAUGUCAGCUCACUCAGGGACUUAGCAAGUCCUUGCCCUGUGCUGUACUCAGUUCUAACCAUGGAAUCACAGUGUGUCUGCCAGAGUAAAUGUCAUUCUCUGUAACCCGAUGGGGUCAGUGCCCAUGAGUGCUGGUUAUGGCAAGCGACUGCAGGUGGUACCACAGCUGCUCCUGCUGCCCCUGGACACUGCUGGGGUAUGGGGGGAGCUCCUGGCUCACCUGCAGUGGGCUGCUGCCAGCAGUGCAGGAACGAAUGUGACCCUCGUUGACUGGCUUCCUGGAUCCUGAAGCGUGGCUAGGUGUAAAGCUAGUGCACUAACUUUAGAUAGACCCACACAUGAAUGUUUCUCAGUUUUAAACUUGAAGCAAUUGUGACUAGGCAGCAGUAGUAGUGAGGCUUUGCAAGGUGCCUGCGUCCUCCAGACCGGAGUGUGGUCACUGGCAUUUGUUCCAGCAAACCCCAUGUGCUCGGUGCUGCUGCUCACUGCAGCCGUGCUGCUUGGACACCUUUAUCCUGGCCAGUUUGCUUCCGCCUCGAGGCGCCACACUUUUUGUUUAGUCUUUUGUGUCCGUCUUUUCCCCCUUCAACUUCUCUCCUUCCCCCUCUCCUCACCUGCCCCUCCCUCCCUCCCUCCAUCUUCAAAGACUACGGGAAAAAACCUUGUAAAAAUGCCAAUUUGUAAAGAUUCUGCCCCUGCUGAGCCUGCAGGAGCCAGCAGAACCCAUCCAGAGCCAGAGGUAAUACACAGCUAUAGAGAGAAAGAGUUAAACUCUGCUUUUGCUUGUUUCUGCAUGUGGGCAACAACGCGUAAUCUUCCUGUAUGUAAUAGGUACAAAAUACUAUUUUAAACCUAUAAUUAAAGAAGUGAACGUCUUAACUGUAUUGAAAUGGCAACCUGUGCUCCUAGCUUCUUCUAUGCUAAACAUCUUAAGAACAGAGCCCUGAUUCUUUUCUUCAGCAUCAUGUUUGUUUUUUAAUUUAGUUCCUCAAGUUCUGUCCUUUUGCUCAUUUCCAUGUGAAACACUCUGUAACUAACUGCUGUCGAGAGAGGAGCCCAACACAUUCAUAAUAAAGCCACAUUAACUGCGAACAAGAA